AAAAAUUAUAUGGGCUGUGACUGAAAGCCCGUUUCCCCAUAGUAAUCCACCUUUAUUUUGAAGGCACAAACCGGAAGUUCUGAUUUGCUGUGUCUACCCUGACCUUGGCGUCUCUGCUGGCCCUGCAGCAGAACACAAUGCAUUCUCCCAGCGCGGAGCCGCUUGUGUUCGCAGGCUACCGGAGCUGACCGGUACACAUGUGGAGCGAACCGUGAAAGUCGCGUCCGUGCAGGAGCGGGGUCCUGGGCGGACCAUGGUGCUGCUGCUGCUGCCGCUGUUGGUCGGACUGUUGUGGUUGCGCUGCGCUCCGUUCUGUGCAGCAGGCUGCAGUGAACAGGUGGAGGUUCACACAGAGCGGAGGGGUGUCAUCUACAGCCCUUCCUGGCCUUUAAACUACCCAGCAGGGCUCAACUGCAGCUGGCACAUCCAGGGAAGUCAAGGAGAAGUCAUCACCAUCAGUUUCCGUAACUUUGACGUAGCAGAGUCAGGAAAAUGCCUGGGAGACUGGUUGAUCCUGGCGCCCACCUGGAGUGGGGAAUCCAGACUGUGUGGUUCUGUGCUACCUCCUCCCUUCAUCUCCACCCGGGGGCAUUUGUGGCUUAACUUCCACUCUCAGGCCAACAGUUCUGGGCAAGCCCAGGGCUUCCGCCUCUCCUACAUCAGGGGCCAUCUGGGUCAGAGCACCUGUCAGUCAGAUGAGUUUCUGUGUGGGAACGGGAAGUGUCUUCCUCGCUCCUGGAAGUGCAACGGGCAGAAUGAAUGUGGCGAUGCCACAGAUGAGCGAGGCUGCUCUCCUCCUCCCACAGAGUCCCGCCCUGGCCUCUGCUCCCCUGGCUCACUGCCAUGCACAGAGGCACAGACUACUCGCUGCCUGCCAGCCGCUCUGCGCUGCAACGGCGCCCGAGACUGCCCCGAUGGAAGCGAUGAGCUUGGCUGCCUCGACACCAGCUGUGGGAAAAGACUCGUGAAAUUUUAUGGCUCCUUUGCCUCUCCGGACUUUUUCCAUGCUGAGCAGGAUUCUUCCUCUGAGCUGAGGUGCUCCUGGUUGCUGGACACUCAGGACACCAAGCCCAUAGUGCUGCAGCUGGACCUUCAGUUGGGGCCUGGAGAUUUGCUGCAUGUCUAUGAUGGCCUGUUGCAGCACGCAGAGCAUCUUCUACAGGUGUUGUCUAAUCACAACAACAGGCGUCCUGUGCUGCUGGAGUCCAGCCAAGGCAAGAUGAGCGUACUGUAUGUGGCUCAGCCUCACAGCCCCGGACACGGCUUCAAUGCUACAUAUCAGGUCAAAGGUUACUGCUUUCCUGGUGAGCGUCCCUGUGGCAGUGAUCAGGGCUGCUACUCUGAGCAUCAGCGUUGUGACGGCUACUGGCACUGCCCGUCAGGUCGGGAUGAGGAGGCGUGCUCAGUUUGCCCCAAUGGAGAGUUCCCAUGUGAAGGAGCAACCGGAGCGUGCUAUCCAGCAUCCGAGCGUUGCAACAAUCAGAAGAGGUGCCCGGAUGGGUCAGACGAGAAGAACUGUUUUGACUGCCAACCCGGAAACUUCCACUGUGGAACUAACUUGUGCAUCUUUGAGACGUGGCGGUGUGAUGGCCAAGAGGACUGCCUAGAUGGGAGCGAUGAGAGGAACUGCCUGGCCCCGGUGCCCAGGAAGGUAAUCACAGCAGCGCUGAUUGGCAGUCUGGUGUGCAGCCUCCUGCUGGUCAUCGCCCUCGGCUGCGCCCUCAAACUCCAUUCGCUCAGGAACAGAGAGUACAGAUCUUUUGAGACUCAGAUGACUCGCAUGGAAGCUGAUUUUGUUCAGAGAGAAGCCCCUCCAUCAUAUGGUCAGCUGAUAGCCCAGGGUCUCAUCCCCCCAGUGGAGGACUUCCCCGUUUACAAUCCCACUCAGGCCUCCAUGUUACAGAACCUUCGCUUGGCGAUGCAGAGACAGAUCAGGCGUCACUCGUCUCGCCGCUCCACCUCUUCCUCUUCUCGACGGCGUCUAGGACAUCUCUGGAGUCGGCUGUUUUGCAACAGAGGUCGAGCCAGAGGUCAUUCCGGGCUGCUGGGUCCCACUGGACCCGCGCAGGUCACUCUGGGACUCCACAGCUACCAAACUGUGAGGGAGAGGAGGGGUCUGGGCAGGGCGGUGUCGGGUGCUAGACUUCAGGAGCAGGUUGAGGAAGUUGAUUUGCCAAGGUCAUGCUACUCAGCCUCUGUAGACCUACAGGCUUACACACCAGAGAGCCCGGCAUCACCUCUCUCCUUGCACUCAGCGGACAGUCCUGAUCAGGAGGAACUGUCCCCUGACAGCAGUGAUCGUGCCAGGGCGGCCCAGUCUGAGCUGCCCACCACUCAUCUAGCCUCUGUACCCCCCUUUCACCGCCAGUCUUCUAGAAAAAUGGUUUUGGAGCUUGCUGUUAACUUGAAGGGAGUUUCCUUAAGACGUUACUCACCUUUGGGGCCAUUGUCCCCCGUCUCACCACCAAGCAGCUCCCCAACCCAGCCAGCCCAACUUCUGUCAGAUAGUUCAGAGGUGACUUCGCCCACAGAGCCCAUGUCUUCUUCAGUAAAAACAGAAAAUGGCUGUAAGCAGCAGGGAUGAGAGAGGAGCCAAGCUUUGGAUCUGCUCUGAUCAAGUGUCCUUCAGACUAGGAGGUAAAGAGCUGGAGGGGGUUACGCUCUUUAAAUGCUCGUGCACAUGCACAAAACGAUGCACAUGCGGUCUUUCCUAAAACCAGCAUUCCUUGCAGUACCGGUCGUAUCUCAUGUUGAAUCCUGUAGAACAAACAGCUCUAAUGUUCCUGGCACGCCGUUUUAGACACUAGAACUGAAACGUGCAACACAAAAGCCGCUUUGUGUCAUUGCCCAGAGCCAUUACACACCGCUGUAUACUGUGAGUCGUUCUGGCCUUUUGAGUGAUUUCUCUCUUUGUUUUAUGAUAUAAUAUUCUAAUUAUGAAAUGACAUUUUAGCAAUGUGAAUGAAUGAUGGUGAUAUUUUAGAUUUUUAAGAUUGGCUAAAGAUGACACAAAAAUCCCAAAUCCAGAAAGUUUUAAUUCUCAUAAAUAAUGGAAAUGCAACCAGUCCAAGAGUAAUUGUUUCUGUAAAAAUCCGUAUUUAUUACUGGUGUAGUGCAGUGGUGUACAUUAUACACUCAGAUGAACAUAAUACAUAAAAUAAACUUCUGAACUUUUUGUAAACAAUAUAAUUUAAGGGGCAUUGCCAUCUCUUCAAUGGGUUUCUUAAUUUUCUUAAUACUAAAAAUUACCAGAUAUUAACCAUUUGAAGCAAGAGUUUGAGUUUUUUUUUGAAUAAUUUAAAGUUUAGUCCUUGUUUAGAGUUAGUGAAUAGGUAAGGUCUGCUGUUAAGGACCCUCCGCAUUUACGUCACAUUUUUCUUAGUGUUUAUAUAUUUCAGGAUAGAUAUUGAAUGUAAUUAUUUUCCAUAAUGCUGUUUGACAAAUCCACUCUUAAAAAUGUGUUUUUAGGAAAAACAUUUCCGAAAAACUCUUAACCCAGUCCAAGUACUGUAAUAUUUCCCCUUUAAAUGUUUGGAAACAUCUCUACUCCACCUCCAGAAAUUCUAAGCCAUCUGAAAGUGGUUGUAAAAAUGAGACGAAACAGAAACUCAAAUUACGUUACAAAAAAUAAGCAUCUAGUUAGCUUAGCACAAAGUUUCAGUUUUGCAUUAAGCUAGCUAGAUCUAUAAAAUCAGCCGUCAAAUAGGCAGACAAUCAGAAAUCUCAACACAAAAAUGAUCUAAGUGAAAUAAAUGUGGUGGCUACUUGAUACCUGUACCAAUAUUGGAGGUUUCCCUAGAAAAACUGAUCCUGGUUCCUAGUUUCUCCUUUUAUUCCAAGCUCAGCUAACUGUCUACUUUUGUAGACUUCAUGUCAUUUUUUAGCAGUUCUCUGAACUUCUUAACACAAAGAGAAACUAAAUAAAAUAGUCUGACUGUAAUGUAUCAACCUUUAUGCUAAGCUAACUGGCUACUUGCUAGAACCCUAAAAAAUUAGCUAUAUUUGGGUUACUUUAUCUAAACUUGGCUAGACUUCAAGACAAUUUGUUCGUUCUGUGUUUCCUAUCCGAUAACGCUUUUUGUGGUUCUUCAUCAUACACGGAGCAAAUAGAGCUUAUGUUUACCUUUGUUGACAUGUUGCGGCGCCCACUGUCACCUUUGUCAGAGCAAUCGUUUGACGAAGGCGGUGGUGUAUGAUAAAGAACCACAAAAAGUGAUAUCCCUUUAAGGCUUUAUAAACUUUGUGCGGCUUGGAAAGUUUGUUCUAAUUUAACACUAAAGCAUUUCUUUGAUACAUCCACUGUAACAUUUGACACAUUUGUGACAUAGGGUCAAGGUUGGCAAGCUAUUUUGAGAGAUCUGUUUUCCAUGAGAUUUUUUUUAAAGAUGAACCAGUUCAGCGAUUUCCUUUAUUGUAUCCUGAGACGGUCAUACUUGGAUGAACGUCGAGUCCAGGAAGCUGCCUGUAAAUCUACUCGGCCACUUGUCCGUUCACUUGAACAAUACAAACUUUGCACUGAUCAGUGCAGUUCAGUGUCAAGAGGACAUGCUGGCAAAAGAAGACGUCCUCCUAGUCCAAGCUGGACUUCAGGCCGUUCACUGAUGUCCACACACAAUGUGGUAUUUUCUACAAUGGGACAAUAAAGUAAAUCCUCUAUUUUUUCAGUCUUCGGUGGAGACUUGUGCCUAUUUCUACCGCUUUAUCUGCUGGUGUCUUGGGCACAUAUUUGUAACGCUAUGGGGGUCUUUUGCCCAAUGUAGGACAGCGGUAGACACAAACUUUACCAAUUACAGAUAAGACUUUUACAGAAUGUAAAUCUAGCUUUUCUAAUUUUCAGUUGAGCUCUUUCAUGUAAAUAUCAUGCAGUAAAAGGCACAAGGGGGUGUCUGUGUGGGUUGGUUACCAGAAGGCAACUGUGGGUUGAUUUCAGGUUCCUGUGAGAUUCCUGCUGUUCUUAGUCAGCUGAAUGUGCCAUGCCAGCCUCAUGUUUCCUGCUUUGUAAUAAACUGCUGCUACUCUUUCCUUUUUCCACCAGAUGUGUUAAAACCAGUUGAAUUGCUGGUUUAGCACAUGCUGUUUUAUGGUUAAAUAAGCAGAAGUUUGUGCAAAACUACGUGUUUGCAGAACCUCUGUAUAGAGCUUUGUCUAAACUACUAGUGACUGAUUCAACUGUGGUCAAAGAGCUCCUUGUAUAUCUCUGUAGCCUUGCAGUGCAUAUAAAUAUGUUCUGGUGACGUUCAACGCCACAAUACUUUAGUUAGAUCUUGUGACUUAGGGAGUUUGUGAGGCUGCAAACAUGUUUUUCUGUUAAUUCUUCGUUACAAUCAUUGAACAUUAACUACACAAAUACAUAAAACUCACAUUUUUGUAAAAUGUUUCUUGAUCCGGUUAACUGUGCAUAGAUUUAGAUAACUUGUACUUCUAACAGGCUGAAGCUAACAUGGACAAAAGUAAUCAUCAUUUGAGAUGCAAGUGUGUGUGUGUGUGUGUGUGUGUGUGUGUGUAAGUGUCAGGAACCUGCCCUGCCUACCUAUUUGCCAUUUUUUAAGGUGCCUGAAACAAAUAAACUUGCAGCUCAUCCCAUCAAAACGUUUCUUUUCUCAUUGCAUUUGAUUAAAGAACAGUACCACGUAUUAAAUAAUUUUCCAGCUGAUAUUGUCAGCAUCUUCCCACCCUUUCCCCCAUGCCCACAGUCAGUACAUCCCACUCUAGUCGGAGAGUAGUCUCUUAAGGGUAUCGAGCCCAUCCAAGAUGCCGUGGUAUCAGACCUUGCCCAUGAUGGUUCCACAUGUCUAUUUAUGUACUCAAAGCUUGUGUACAAAGGACAUGUUGGGCAGUUUCCAUCAUUGAGCUGAUUUUCUUUAUUGCGGUUAAUCCUGCAAGCCAGAUUUGACUGGUUUUCUCUACGCGAUAGCCAUGAGUCAUUUAGUAAGUGAACAGGACCCAAGAGGGACACCAUUUAAAUUAGGAACACAAGGUAGUACAUUAUAGCCUGAGGUCCUGGACCCCAGAACAUUCCCAUACAUGAAUAAACAAGCCCAGAGUCCCAGGGGAACUAAACAAACUGGAUCUGAUGCGACGCCCAUUUUGAGCCUAAUAAUUGAUGUUAAAUAAGCUCUGACAGAUUUUAAUACAUAAAUAUUGAUUGGGUUUUUGAGGCUCACCAAAUUUCCACUCAUUCAGCUUUAAAGUCUUGGGUGGACAUCAUCAUCACAGGUCGUUAUAAACAUGGGACACUGUCCUUUUGGGUGCAUCUGGCAACCAGCUGGACACUGGGUGCUCACUCCGUCCUAACCUCCAGGGGACCCCAUAGGCCUUACAAGCACACCUUAUUCUGUAGAAGAUAGUCGUCUUCCUCUGCUUAUCCGGGUCCGGGUCGCGGGGGCAGCAUCCCAACUAGGGAGCUCCAGACCGUCCUCUCCCCAGCCACCUCCACCAUUUCCUGCAGGACCCCAAGGCGUUAGAGCCCUGCACUGAAGCCCUAGGCCCUCGGGUCGGCCCGCCCACAGGCCAUCGGGUCGGGCUUCGGGCUAACGACUGUGUAAUUACCUCAGACACAGGCCGGGCACCUUUAUUUUUAAUCAAAUUCAUUAAAAAAAACUGAAACACUUGAACGCAGCAGCACCUGCCUGCUUCUCAAGCACCGUUAGCUCAGUUAAGGUGUGUGUGGUUCAUAAAUGCGCCUAUAUAAACAAAUUCUCAAACUGCUGAUUGAAACAUGUGCCCCUAUUCUAAUACGCCAUUUUAUGUCCACUUUGAUGUCAGAAACCAUUGGUUUAUUCUCAUGAAAACGGAAGCAUUCUGUUUUUCUGUGAAUAAAUUUGCUCUGCAGUUAAAAAAAUACAGCAUUCAUUGCUGCUUUUUGUUCUAACUGGAGAGCGCAUUUUCAGAGCGGCAGAUGAAAUUUACAAAAGCUAUAUUAAUUGGGGGUGUUUAUUUAAUCUGCCGCUCUGCAAAUGCGCUCUGCAGUUAGAAAAUUAGAAUGCUGCUUUUUUUUCCUAAUUGCACAUUUUCAGAGCAGAUUAAAUUUACAAACGCAUCCAAUUAAUACGGUGUUCGUAUAUUUCAUCUGCUGCUCAAAAAAUACGCUCGGUUAGAAAAAAAGCUGCAUUAAAUGCUGUUUUUCUUUCUUUUCAUAAUUUUUUUUACUGCAGAACGCUUCUCACAGAUAAUUAGAAUGCUGAGCAUUCUAUCACGCUAAAACAUUAUGAAAGGUUAAAAAAAAAGUCGGGCUCGGGCCGGAGAAUCCUGAAAACCUUCUCGGACUGGGUUGGGCUGGGGCUCCACCCCCCUCGGGCCGGGCCGGACACGGGCUCAGAUUUUAGGCCCGUGCAGGGCUCUCACUUGUAGUAUACAACAAAUUAGCUGAAAAAAGGAGGAGCAGCGGUUCUACUCUGAGUCCCUCCCGAAUGCCCGAGCUCCUCCCCCUAUCUCUAAAGCUGAGCCCGGACACCCUACGGAGGAAACUCAUUUUGGUCGCUUGUAUCCGCGAUCUGUAGAAGAUAAAUAUCCAACAAAAAUAAAUGUUAACAUUGAUUUCUAAUUAAGAAUAGAUGUUUCCCCACCAACAUUCAGCGUUGUAACGUUACUAUCCCAGAUUUUGUCCUGGGAUAACAGAUGGAAACCUUUGGCUAUGAUUUGGAAAGUUUACAAACACGUAGGUCAUGUUUUACCAACAAGUACUGUCCCAAUCAGACAUAAAAAAUGGUUUUCCACCUGAAAGAGAGCUACUGUUCCAUAAAAGAGGUAUAUCCCCAAUGCUUUACUUUUAGAUAUCUUUCCAAAUACCUCAAAGUUGGGCUGUAAGGUAGAUGAACUUUUUUCAGUUGACACUCCUGUAAAAAGGAAAUCCAUUAAAUUCCCUCGCUCGAUCUUUCCGUGGAUGGUUCCUCUCACCGUCCAACAAGCAGGAAAUCUUGCCCACUCUUUAUCCUAAUAGUGAUAAACUUGGGUUUUAACAAAUGCAUUGGAUGGCAGAUCUACAGGCAAAUCUCAUAUAAUGUGAAUAUUGUGAAAAAGAUCAAUGUUUUUGUCACUAAUUUCAGAAAGUUAGACCCACACAAAUUUAUGACAGAGUGAAAUAUUUCAAGCCUUUGCUUGUCGUAACCAUGAUUAUGGCUGCAGCUAAGAAAACCCAAAACACUAUCUCAGAAAACCAGAUUACUGGGGAAAUGUAAAUAAAAUUGGAAAAUGAAGGUGUCCAAAGUGAGAAUCUUCUGCAGCGCACCGGCUCAGAGAUGACAUCAGGAAGUAGAACUGCUCUGGGAUGUCCUGCUGGCAGGAUACCCCGAGGCUGACCAGGACAUGGUGGAGAGAUUAAACAUCAGGGUGAGCUUAGGAAGUCCCUGUGGUCCCACCAGAGAAGCUGGUAUAGGUAGCUGAGGAACUAUGAACCAGUAGCUUGUUCAUUUUUAAACUGGCCUAAAUAACAUUUGAUUCUUCCAAAUCUCCAUUUUGUUUAAUAAUCUGAAUUUAAUACAAGAUUCAAACAUCACCAGAAACAAGUUUGCUUCUUAGAAGUUGCUAUUUUAAUGAACAAUUACAUUGUUAUCAUUGCACAACUUCAGACAGGUGCGCGUAUAAAUCUCACAGGAUGGAGAUCUCCCAACAUGUGAGGAAUGUGAUGGUCGUAGGAGGUCCUGGCACUUUUCAUUUUCUUUACACAGUAUUUACAAAUGUCAGAACUAGCAAGCGCAUGGAGGCGACAGACAAACGGGUCUCUUCAUGGCUCUGAUGCACAAAAACCUACCAGCACCUUUAGGCACCAUAAGUCUCAUUCCAGAGCCAACUUUCUGGUUGACAUGCUUUAAAAACCCAAACCCGUUUUGCUUUGUUGGAUUCAUGACACACACGGCUAAUUCAGAGGUGCUAAUAUCUCCUGGGACAAAAUGACCAGACUUGGUAAAGGCAGCAGCACAACAGCUGCGUUAAAGGUGGUUUGACCAGUAAAAUUUACACCCAGCUUCCUGUUUCAGCUGGACCGUAGUCCGUCAAUAAGUCAACAAACAAGACUCAAAUACAAGAAGUGGUGAAGAGUCAACACAACAGCAUGGAUACUGUCAUUAGUCGGCUGAUUUAAACAGGAUCAGCGAGUCUGCGAUGCACAACUACACAUCCAGCAUCAGCUGCCCUUCUUUCUGUCAGUGUGGAUUAAAGUUACGCAACAACACGCUAAUGGUAAGUACCGUAUCAAAACACGUUAAAACUCAGGUCUGGUAGUAACAGUAACGUCCUGGCUGGCGAAGCAUCAUUAGAGGGGUCACAGUGACAUUCACAGAGCAACGAACACAAGGUGAGGUCAACGACUGGACAUACCACCGGCCUUCAUGUGUGGCAGUAAUACAGCUAAGAUAGUUGAUCCAUCUCUGUUCUGAGCAGCAAAUCUAACCGCACCAGACAAAUAUUAUAGAAGGCACCAAAGGCAAAAGACCGAAGGAAAAACAACAGGAUGUUAUGCAUGGAACAAUGCCCAGAAUCUGGAGCCAAGCAGAGCAGAAACACCUCUACAGCUGACUUAGAAGCAACAUUAUGUGAAUAAUUAGUGUAAAAGUGCUCAAGUCAGCAGCGGUAGUAAUAAAAAUAUGGCAAAGUGCAGAAUUUGCUUGCAUAAUCAUUUCAAAAGUAUUUUUUUUUAACUUGGGAGUUCACCACAGACUCAUUCAAGUGGCACCUGUGCAAGAACAUAAAUGAAUCCAUUUAUUUUACAGGUGGCCGAGAUAAACAAUUUGAAAACCUAAAGACAAGAACCAGGAAUGCAGGUGGAGACGGCCUGGGUGACCUCGCUGCUCAGUCCGUGGCUUUGGCAGUGAGGGGUUCAGUCUCUGAGGAGUCUUCCUGUGGAAACACUACAAAAAACACCUUCUGACCCAGGUACGUUGCCUUUUCUGCAACACAGCAAAGAGGAGGAAUCACAGAAGGUCCAUCAGAUGACAAACACUCUGGAAAAAAGGUCACGCGCGCUGUGCAACAAACUCACCAACCAGCCGAUAAACCCAUCUGGGUUUUUCUUUCCACUGAACCCCGAUAAAGAAAACAGGGACUCCGGUCAGCAUGAUGACCAUCCCAAGGCCACACACCACCGGCUCCGAGUACAAACUAAAGCCCAGCAGCACGGCCCAGAAGAUCAGGUAGCUGAUCGGGACCAAGAUGUUCACCUGCACACAGCAGCACACACACACAUUUCUGAUGAAGGUACAUGUGAACAACCCACAUACAGUUAUAUCUAACUAAGAAGAUACCUGAAAACCAGUUUGUUAAACUAAUGAUUGCUUUUUUAUUCCUUCAACAACAUUUGUUUUAAUGUUCUUAGCUUUCCACACGUGUUCCUAAUUAACGACACUAGAGGGCGCCAAGCUGUAAUGACAGCCUCUGAUUACAGACCAUUUCCCAGUCUUCACAAUACUUAAUGGGAGACUGACCCUGCCAAAACGGACAAUUCAUAAAUAAAUAUACAGGGAAAAUAAAAUAGAACCAUUAAAAUAAAUGAGAAAAUAUUUAUUCAUCUAAAGAUUUAUUCAUUUAUUUGUCUAGUUUUUUUUCCCAGGGCUAUCAUGGCGGUUAACAACAAAAAGAACGUGCUAAUUUGAAAGGACAUGUUCUUAUCUUAUCUAAUGUUUGCAGGUGUAGCCCUGAUGGAACCACACAAGCUGCAUGGUUCUAAUUUUAUACAAUUUAUGAAGGAAGGGUUUGUCCAGACUGAAUUUUAAUUAUUGUAGUGUUAUGUAUUUCUUACAGGGAAGUAUUUGUCCUGAUUGAAUUUUAAUUGUUAAAUGUUAUGUAUUUCUUUCAACUUGCACCCGGAAGUGGCUUCCAAAUUUCGUUGUACGAGUGUGUACAGUGACAAUAAAGGAUAUUCUUUUCUAUUCUAUUCUAAAAAGAAUCAGUCCUCCAUCAGCAGCGCUCAGUUGUACAAUAUUCCCUCUGAACAAAUAGGUUUGAAGUGAAAACAACAAAUUGCCGAGUUACAUUUAGCAUAAAUUUAAUUAAAUUAAGCUACAGCUGUAUUAAUGUGAAGGGAGACAAGACAAUGUACACCCCCCCAGCCUCACAUGCAUUCAUUUUGUAUUGACUUAUUGUCUUGAGAUGUGGGGUAAUGCAUAUAAAACAAAUACUCUUCCAAUUUUCAAGUUACAAAAAAGAGCUAUAAGAAUUAUAAAUCAAUCUAACUAUAUAGAACCAACUAACAUUAUGUUUAUUAAUCUGAAUACCCUGAAAUUUUAUGACUUAAUUGAAUUUAAAAUAGCACAGAUAAUGUAUAAAGCACAAAAUAACUUGCUUUGCCGCUGUACACAGCAGCUGUUUAAACUCAGAGAGAGUCAAUAUGACUUAAGGGGAACUGAAUUCUUUAACAAAAACAGAAUAAGGACAAAUAUAAAGCAGCGAUGUGUUUCUGUUAGAGGAGUUAACCUGUGGAAUAGUUAUGACAGCGACUUAAAAAAGGUGUAGUUCAUUUUACUUGUUUAAAAACAUGUUUAAAAAUAGAGUUUUAGAAAAAUAUAAAAAUCAAGAAUGAAAAGAGCGAAAAUAAUAAUACUGAAACUCUUGAUUGUUUUGCUUUGAUGAAGUUACUUACUUAAGGUGGAAAGUUUUUAGCUUUUUUUGUUGUUGCUUUGUUUCAUUUUCUGCAGAUUCUCGAUUUCUGCAGAAAGAUCUGUGUUAGAAGGGUUGGCGUAAUAAGCACAUGCUUCAGCCAAUACCUUUUGAUUAGCCUCGUCUUUGUGGUAAAGUUUUUAUGAAAUUUUUUUGUUUUGUUUUUAUUUCUUUAAUAUUUUGUUUUUCACUGAGAUAUUUGAAUGCUAAUCAAUAAAGUUUGAAGGUUAAAGUUUGAAGAUUAAGAUAUGCGAGUGCAAACACCAAAAGAAUCUGCAAAUUAAUGAGAACUUUAGGAUUUUUCCAGACAUGUUUUCCUUCCAUAAAAACAACACCUCUGCUCUUGAUGCAUGUUGUUAUAAGAAGCCAAAGACUGAGUGGGUGGGUCUGGUUCAGUUACUCAUGCUGGGUUUUAUUUAUGCAACCUUAGCUCAGAAUAUGAAAUGACUCAUAGUAACACUUUGCUUUCUUUGACGUUGGAUGUGCUACUACUAGUUUACCUGUUUAAUCAUAGAUUCACUAGGACAAAUACAAUAAAGUUCAUCUCUCACCAAAUAGAAUAUUUACCAAGAAAUCACAAUGUAACCAUAUAAACACUACUUGGUGUGUGUGUGUGUGUGUGUGUGUGCGCGCGCACGCUCUGUCUUCUGGAUCCCCAGUGUGUCGUGGUGGAUGGCUGCUUAUACUGAGCCAGGAUCCUCUGGAGGUUUCUUCCUGUGAAAAGGGAGUUUUCCUCUCCACUGUCGCUAAAUGCUUGCUUAGUAUGAGGAUUGCUGUACAGACUGACACUAGUCAGUGACUCGAUGCAACCUGUUGGGUUCCUUAUAGAGGAAACUUUUUACUGUCUGGCCUAAUGAACUGACCUGUAUUGGAAUGUUUAGAGACGACUAAAUAAACUCAACUGAAUUGGAUCAGUUUUAAGACGAAGGUUCACUACAGAUGAAAAGAUCUAUGCAUGUGUAAGAGCGAAAGUGUGUAAACGUAGGUGAGAUGCAUGAGCAGAAACCUUUUCAUCACAAGCUCUGUAGUUAGCACUUUUAUAAUGAUGCUCCCCAGUUUGCAGAUCAAAUCUGAUGCAGAUGUCCGGAGAGAUCAGAGUUUUAAUCUAAUAUCAGUCCUGGCUCAGACAGCUGGUCAUUUAACUUGUUGUCCUUUGGACUUGUAGCAACAAGUCAGUGACUGAAACUGUAUUUUAGUACUGAGAUUCAUCAGUUGAACAUGAAAUAAUCUCAGGAGUACCUUGAUAGGUCUGGCCAGGUUGGGUCUGGUCUUCCGUAGGUAGAGCAGGCCAGCGAUGGUCACCCCAUAGGACAGGUAGUUAAUGAAGGACACAUAGUUGAUCAGGUUGUGCGUCUCUCCAAUACACAGGAUGAGUAUGGUGGCAAUGCACUGUAGGACAUGAAGGUUCAGCUCAAACAUCAAAGCAGCAAUCCAGAUUUUCCCCCUUUCAGAGAUUUUGUAUGGUUUUAGAAAUCCAUAAACGUGGUAGUUUUACUCUGUACUGUGAUCUAAUGUAGGCAAUACAUCGUUUUGCUAUUUGAAUUGAGCACCGUUCAGUAUUAGCUGGUGGUGUUAGACAUCCGCUUACGAGUGUUGGAUGACCUCGUCUGUCUCUGUCGGCUGGCUAGAGGUGAGCGUUUAUGAACAAGAGCAGGGGCCUCAUUUAUAAAACAUUAUGUAUAAUCCUUACUAAAACCGUACUUGAGCUCAGCCAAAAUAAUUUACUUAUGCCAAGCAGGCUUGUGACCUAUAAAACAUGGAGUACGCACAGCUUCACGCAAUCUCUGCUUUAUAAAUCAGAGACAAACUAGAAAGGUUCUCAGGUGUUUCUGAAUCACAUCCCGCCCUCACCACGCCCACUUCCUGCCAUAAAUGGUCAAUGCAAAGUGCCUUGUGGAUCUCAUGCAUAUACAUAAGCCGGCUCAUUGCAGCACUCCACCAUUAAGACAACAGUUUCCUGAUCGGUAAACCCCUUCGCUGCCAGCGUUACUCACCGUUUACUGUUUAUUUAAGAGUCACAGAACGUUGCGCGCUAGGAUGACGUCGAUGCCAAAACAACCAAAACAAAAAGGAGACUCACCUCUUACAUCAGGAAGAAUCCGCGCGUUUCGAGCUUUAUCCGUUCUUUCAUAAUCUGUUGUUGCAGAAGCUUUUCCAGUUCGCGCCUCACUUUUUUUUUUACAGCAGCGGCCCAAAACGAUCUCCUAACACAUGGAUUUUCUGCUUCCUGAUCACGUGACAUGUGACGUACGCGAAUGAAGAUUGGCUUUAGAGCUGAGAUGUUUGUUCUCACGGUGCAGAGGCUCGUUUUGAUGCCCACACAGUAAAAACAUGCAAAUGACGACUUUAGUCAUCAAUGGCAGUGAAUGAGUUAACCAUGGCGAAUGCAGAUCAAGGAAGCUUGUUCUGUGUGCGCACGAAGCGGUACAAGUGAUAAUGCUGCAGGAUUUCACUUUUUUAUCCUCAGCAGCAGCACUGCAGGUGCUCUCCAUGUCCAAAAUGUGCGUAAGCCAGGUCCUUAGUCAACUUAAAGUUGUGCACCUUUUUCUGCUACAUUUUCUUUUAUAAAUCCCAAAGUUUGAGUGGAAAGUUGCUUACGCAGUUUUGCGACCCCGUUCUGUGCGUAAGCAAGCUUGAUAAAUGAGGCCCCUGUUCUGUCCAGCCAUACAGAUGGGAGGAAAGAAAGGGACAUUUCUCACCCUCUUGAUAAAGCCGGGCGUACACUGUGCGACUUUUUAACUUUUUUGAGCCGAUUUUCCAGUCGUGCAAGAAUCCACGAGAUCGGGGCGAGUUUUGCGCCGAGCGGUCGUGUAGUGUACAGGGGGUUACGAGAGGCGAUUAACACCACGUGACCAGCUGCCGAUCAGCAAUCGUGAGGUCGCACGGACUUCUGGCGUGUUUAAUAUUUCGCUCGUCCCUCGUGAGGGUAUCGCACUGUUGAAGCAGUGCUGCGAGCAGCUGCGACCCAAAAAGUAUCAGAACCGCUCACGGUGCAUGCGCGUGCAAUCCUGCAUCAACGCCACUCACUCGCUAUUUCCCUAAUAACCCACGCUGUUCGUUUUUGUUUCUACGUGUUUUUUUACUCACAAAGAUUGUCAAGAAAGCGUGUUUGUCGUGUUCAUGUCAAAUUAAACUGAUCACAAAACACAGAUUUACUUCCUUUAUUUCGUUUUCCUCAUUCAACCCCCAUAAAUCUCUGUGUGUCCUCCUGCAGCACUCCCGAAGGACAACAGGCAAAACAAGACAAAAAAGUCUGACGUGUUGUGUGAAAACAGCUAUCUUUAGCAUAUUUUUAGGGCCGACAUGUCGCUACCAGACGUACAGUGUGAGCAGUCAGGUCGCAUGCGAGAACUGGGUCGUACAGUGUGAGCACAUGACUCGCGAGAUCUGCCCUGCGAUGAAGUCGUACAGUUUGAGCUGAAGCUGAACGCUGUGAGUGAAAAGGUCGCACAGUGUACGCCCGGCUUAAGAGUUUCCCUAUUCUGGUCCUCAGGACCCUCAUGUCUCUGCUUCAGCACACCUGAUUUACAUAUCUGCAUUGCCUCCUUAGGAGGACAUCAAGUGCUGCAGAUGCCUGUUAAUCACUCAUUCAUUAAAGUCAGGUGUGUGUGUGGCAGAAGGGAAACAAUGCCGUUUGAAAAGGCAACAUGAAAAACAUGUCGGUCACAUAGUCGGGCCCCACUCACACAGAGCAGCAGGGCAGGGAUGGGUGUGCAGUUUUUCCGGUGGAUCAUAGCCAGCAGAUAGGGCAGAUGACCUUCCCUGGCUCCCGAGAAACACAACCUGCAAACACAAUUAUUGUUUUCACACUUCUGCCUAAAUUGUUGUAAAAUAUUUUUGUGGCAUUGUUUGUUUAUUGUGAUUUGGCAAGUUGCGCACAGCAAGGUGUUUUCACCUGGAGGACGUGAACAAGUAUCCAUUAAUGCCUCCAAAAGUGGACAAAGCCACAGAGAUUGGCAUCGCCCAAGAAAACACGCCCAGCAGUUUCUCCCCAAACGUCUAUGAGAACACAACAAACUAGAUCAGUUUAAAGACAGAUCAGUAUCACCUCUGAACAAGUCGAAGAAUAAAAGACAACAGUUGUUCACAAACAGGGAGACGAUAACUCACCACCGCCACGGCGUUGGAGCUGAGCAGCUCCUCUGGAGUCAUGGAGGUGAAGUAAGCAAUGUUGGUCAUUGUGUAGACCAGGGUCACCAGAGGGAUUGAGAUGUAGAUGGCACGGGGCAGGUUCCUCAUGAGGACAAGAAUCACACACACGUUAAGAGUGUUCCUCCAAAAGGUAAAUGAGUUCUGAGCUAAACCAGAAAAAAAGUCAGACUUGAAUAUAGACGAGUUCAAAACCCUUAAACACCUUAUAAACGAGUCUCAAGAAACUAGCUUUUGAAUCUUGAUCUACCUGAGCAAGACACCGCUCUUCCAGAGUCUUACUCCUCCCACACCUGCUGUUAGAAAAAUGCACCAAAGGGAGGAGGGAUGGACAAUAUAACGACACCAAUAUCUGUUUUUCAACAUAUCGGUAUCGGUUUAAUAAAUAAAACCGGGCCGAUAUUAACAACCGAUAUUUUUUCCAUCUUGUCUCCAUUUGUUUGCCGGUUUCAGAGGGUGAGGGGGGUGAUGUGUGAUUGUUUAGUCAUGUGAACAGUGAAUUAAAUCAUCUACGAACCGUAAA